AUGGCUGCAUCCACCCUCUCCGUCUGCUCCGGCGACCUGAGCUAUGACAGCCGCGUCUGCCUGCCCGGGUCCAGUGACUCUUGCACGGACUCCUCCUGGCAGGUGGACGACUGUCCAGAGAGCUGCUGUGAGCCCUCCUGCUGUGCCCCCAGCUGCUGCCAACCCUCCUGCUGCACCCCCAGCUGCUGUGCCCCCACCUGCUGUGUCCCCAGCUGCUGCCAGCCUUCCUGCUGCACCCCCAGCUGCUGUGUCCCCACCUGCUGCACCCCCAGCUGCUGCCAGCCCUCUUGUUGCACCUCCUGCCCCUGCCAGCAGGCCUGCUGUGUGUCUGUCUGCUGCAAGCCCGCGUGCUGCACACCUGUCUGCUGCAAGCCCGUGUGCUGCACACCUGUCUGCUGCAAGCCCAUGUGCUGCACACCUGUCUGCUGCAAGCCCGCGUGCUGCACACCUGUCUGCUGCAAGCCCGUGUGCUGCACACCUGUCUGCUGCAAGCCAGCCUGUUGCAAGCCAGCCUGUUGCACACCUGUCUGCUGCAAGCCCGUGUGCUGCAUGCCCAUUUGCUCUGAGGCCGGCACCUGCGCAACCUCCUCCUGCUGCCAGCCCACCCCCUGCACCUCGUCCUGCUGCAGACCCUCCUCCUGCGUGUCCCUCAUCUGCCGCCCCGUGUGCAGGCCUGCCUGCUGCGUGUCCGCCUCCUCCUGCUGUGGCCCUGCCUCCUCCUGCCAGCCCAGCUGCUGCCGCCCGUCCUCCUGCAUGUCCCUGCUCUGCCGCCCCGUGUGCUCCCGCCCGGCCUGCUGUGUCCCCACCUCUGCCCAGACGUCCUGCUGCUGA